AUGGACGACAAUAACAGCUAUCAGUCUGAUAAGUCCCCCAGUGAUCAGCCCCCCCCCAUCGAUCAGACCCCAGUGAUCAGCCCCAUCGAUCAGCCCAGUGAUCCAGCCCCCAUCGAUCAGCCCCCAGCGAUCAGCCCCCAUCGAUCAGCCCCCAGUAAUCAGCCCCCCAGCAAUCAGCCCCCCAGUAAUCAGCCCCCCAGCAAUCAGCCCCCCAGCGAUGCCAGGGGGGGGCGGAAGAAAGCUGCCAGGCCGCGCCAGUGCCGGCGGUGCUGGGCCCAUGGCUAUGACUCGCCCUUCAAAGACCACAAGAACUUCUGUGCCUGGAGGUGGUGUGUCUGCAUGCGGUGCCGGAAGGUGGUCAGGAGGCAGAAGGACAUCGCUGCCAGGAUGGCAUGGUGCAGACAGAAGGCCCUGGAAGUGAGGGUGGGGAUCCGCUCCCCCAUUGGGUCCCUACCCAGUGACUCAGGGAGAAGGGUGACGGCUGGGGAUCGGCCUGUCCCCAUCAGAGGACACAUGGAAAGCGCCCCUGAGAUGGCUGGAAGUACAUCAUUUCUUUAUAACAGUUUCUACCACCCAGCACACUUCCCAUACUACAACUCAUACAAUUAUUCUCCCUACCAAAUGGCUCUGAAUGCUGGACCAAGUGGCAGUAACCGAGGUGGAGUAAAUGGGCCACCAAUGUCAUAUGCACCAAUGGAAAACCCAGCAAUGUCAAGCACCCCAAUGACUAACCCAGCAAUGCCAAGCGCACCAAUGGCUAACCCAGCAAUGCCACGUGCACCAAUGGCAAACGCAAUUAUGUCAAGCGCACCAAUGACUAACCCAGCAAUGCCAAGCGCACCAAUGACUAACCCAGCAAUGCCACGUGCACCAAUGGCUAACCCAGCAAUGCCACGUGCACCAAUGGCUAACCCAGCAAUGCCACGUGCACCAAUGACUAACCCAGCAAUGUCAAGCGCACCAAUGGCUAACCCAACAAUGCCAAGCGCACCAAUGGCUAACCCAGCAAUGCCAAGCGCACCAAUGGCUAACCCAGCAAUGCCAAGCGCACCAAUGGCUAACCCAGCAAUGCCACGCGCACCAAUGACUAACCCAGCAAUGCCACACGCACCAAUAGCUAAGCCAGCAAUAUCAAGCGCACCGAUGUCAAACCGAGCAAUAUUUAGCACACCAAUGUCAAACCCAGCAAUGUCAAGCGCACCGAUGUCAAACCGAGCAAUGUCAAGCGCACCGAUGUCAAGCCCAGCCACGCCAACCGCAUCCAUGUCAAACCCACCAGUGGCAAGCGCAUUUAGAAGUAUUCCAAGAACCCACAUCCCAAGUCAGCCAGAAAACCAGUGGCAGGAUGCUUGUCCAAACAUAAGUAUGACAUCUUCAAGACCACAACUGCAACCUGUAUCAUUUGCCCCUUACAUAUCAGCUAUGAAUGUAGGUGAAAAUAGUUUGCCAGGACACAGUGUAAGCUCACCGUAUAGCAUGCACUCGUAUUAUCCCUCGUACCCUAGACAAAGUGUUGCCACUCCUGCUUGUGUCCCACCUCUCUUCACUUAUAAAGCAAUGCCAUCAUAUUAUGAGGCCGUGGCAAGCGUGUUUCCUCCUCCCAGCUGCAAAGAUUGCGGCUUCGUUUCUCUGAAUUUCCCCACUAACAAUAAGAGCACCAGAGGUGAAGCAGAAUGUGAGGCGAACAUAGAGGCAAGCCAGUUCACCACCAGAGUUAUCGAGGAUGACAAGUGA